CGGUAUCUCAUUGUAUUAGCUUGGAAUAGUCUACUGCGCUCCAUAGGGAUCUACAACUCAUCAUGAUUUUUACGCAAUGGAUUAACAUAUCUGGAUUUUACCACCUAUAAAUUCCGAGAAAGUAUCCUGUCUGGCUUUAGAAUAUCUGAUUAUCAUCUAUUUCAAGAGGACUUUUUCUUCUGUUGGACACAUUUUUGCGCACACUGUACACUAUGGCAAAUACUUGCGUACAGUUCACGGGUUUUGUGAUGAGUUUUCUUGGUUGGAUUGGGCUUAUCAUCGCCACUGCCACUAACGAAUGGGUAGUUACUUGUAAAUAUAACAUGAACACCUGUAAGAAGAUGGAUGAACUGGAGGCCAAAGGUUUGUGGGCAGACUGUGUGAUCUCAACUGCCCUGUAUCACUGCAGCACACUCACGCAGAUUCUCGAGUUACCAGCGUACAUCCAGACGUCUCGAGCACUAAUGGUCACAGCAUCGAUUCUCGGAUUGCCUGCUGUUGCGCUCGUGCUCAUGUCAAUGUCCUGUAUUAACCUCGGAAGUGAACCAGAAAGCGCCAAGAACAAACGAUCAGUGUUCGGUGGAAUCCUAAUACUGUUGACUGCUUUUUGUGGCAUCGUCUCCACUGUGUGGUUUCCCAUCGGAGCCCAUCACGAGAGAGGUUUGAUGUCCUUUGGCUUCUCCCUGUAUUCGGGCUGGGUGGGAACUGCACUUUGUUUGCUAGGAGGCUGUAUGAUCACCUGCUGUUCAGUGGACACCCCUGCCACAUACACUGACAACAACAGAUUCUACUACUCCAAACAGGGCCCCGCCCAUCCUGGCCCCCCCUCCACUAACCACGCCAAAAGUGCUCACGUGUGAGCUUCGGGAUUACUGCUCAGAUCAGAUUCCUACUCUCUUUCUUCCCUUUCUCCACUGUUUCUUGUUUCAACUAUGUCUAUCUACAGUGGUGACUCUUUGGAUAGUUAUCGUACAGCUGAACUCUAACCCUUUGACUCAGCAGCAGGGUUAGUCGACCAGAAGUAACUGCACUGAAGGAUUUAUUGUUCAAAGGGUCUUCAGUACAAUGUGCCAUUUUAAGUCCUAUUUUUAUAGUGGGAUACUAACAGUAUUGCCAAUGUUGUUUUUAUUCUAAAUCUUUCAGUUUAUUUCAGUCUGUUUGUACAGCUAUCUUUUCAUUUUGAUUUAUUUCAGAGUAGGCGCCCAAGCCAAAUUGCACCAAAAUUGGACCAAAGCAGUAACCAUUUAGCAAUAUUAUUUAUUGUAAUACUUGUAUGCAGUUUUUAUUAUGUUUUUUAUUUUGUAAUAAACAGUUUUCUAUGUGAAAAUGUCUGUGAAAGUGUUUUUUGAUUAUAGGUUAUGUCAUUUUUAUAAAUAAAACCCUGCUGGUAAAAUGAACCGAAUGGCUUUCCGCAGGACUGUAUAUUGUCAAACACAUGACAUCUGCUGUCAGAUGCCCAGGCAGGUGCAGUGCAUCAUCCUUAAACCUCUCAUUCAUUCUCACUAAAAGCACUUGAGACACACAUACAAUUCAGGCGCCCAAGACAUGUACGUGUAUCGAUUUCUCUUUCUCCAACGAGAAGCUCGUCCCAUUACGACUGAUGAUGGCCAACCAUGACUGGCAGAUUAAAGGUUAAUGGUCGCAAUCAGCCAUAAAGGAAGAUUAUACUCUGGUUGCAAUGAGUCUCCGUUUUUGUUU